GUACAAGUACUUCCACCCAACCUGUAUUGAGUUUGGCAGUAAUAAACGAGUCAUCGUAACUAGCGGUUGUUUCAUUUACUACAUUGGCUAACGAGGAUCUAAAAGUACCCGCGCAUUUUGUUAAUUAACUAAAAUUUAAUUAAAAGUGUUAAAAUGUCUUUUCUCGGCAAUAUUUCAAACUUCGAUUAUAAAAAUGGUGAUUGGUCGAUAUUUAAAGGACGAUUAAAUCAGUUCCUGUUGCUAAAUAAAGUGGAAGAAGAUAGGAAAAGUGCGUUACUAAUCACACACCUAUCUGACGAUACCUACCGCUUGUUGCGAAAUCUACUGCAUCCUAAGAAUAUCGAGGAGCAGAAGUAUAAAGAUCUCGUUUCUGUACUCGACGAACAUUUCAAACCAGCGCAGUGUUCAUUUGUGGACAAAGCUAAAUUCUAUGGAGCUACAAGGGGACCGAGCGAAUCCUUAGGAGAUUGGGCAGCUCGACUGCGAGGCUUGGCCAGCUUCUGUGAAUUUGGUACAGCGUUGGAUAUGAAUCUUCGUGAUCGUUUUGUUCUGGGCUUGGGGGCAGGCCCCGAGAGAGACAAACUCUUCGAAGCGGACGUCAACACUCUAACGCUGACGAGGGCGUUGGAGCUGGCAGGACAGGCAGAGAGUGCGAGGGAGGCCAAGGCUAUGGUCACCAACGGAGCAGGCGUCAUCAUCAAGCAGGAGCCGGUGUACCGGGCGGCGGGCGAGGCCACGUGGGCGCGCCGCGCGGCUCCCCGCGCCGCCGCCGCCUCCGCCGCCGCCGGUGACCACGGCGAUCCAGGUUCCCGUUGUCGAGUCUGUGGCUUAAAAAAUCAUAGUGCCGAAAAGUGCAGGUUUAAAACCUUUAAGUGCCAAAAGUGCGGUAUAAAAGGCCAUUUACGUAAAGUGUGCCCAGUGCGAGUGAAUAAUUUAAAUACCGAGGAAGAAGAUUCCGAUGCUGGCAGUUUUGAUUGUAAAGAAUGCUCAUUGUACAAUAUGAGAUCUGAAAAUUAAAGGGGAAGGAGUGCAGUGUACAAGUACUUCCACCCAACCUGUAUUGAGUUUGGCAGUAAUAAACGAGUCAUCGUAACUA